UUUUUUUGUGGGCACGCAUGCAAACACAGCUGAAAGAUUAGACGAUGGAGCCUUCUAAAAGUAACGAUUCAACGAACAGUGGUCUUCAGGAACAAAAUUCAGACGUCAACGAAGAGGAGGAAAAUGAGCUGUGUCCCGGUUUCAAAGACGUGGACGCUUUUGUCAAACAUGGUUUGAGUGCUGUUUUGUCAGCCACCAAAGCAUCAGCUGGCUUACCUCAGACUGGAGAUGAAUAUGAUUUCUAUCGGAGCUUUCCCGGAUUUCAAGAGUUCUGUGAAAGUCAAGGAGACAAGCUUCUGCACUGCAUGAGCCAGAUAAUGCAGCACCAUGGCUGCAGAUCUUACAUAAGAGACCGGAACAAGCUGACCGGGGUGGAGGAGAGGUUUGACUUGGUUGUGGACUCCAACGACGUCAUCCUUGAAAAAGCGGGCAUUCUUCUUGAUGAAGCCGAUGGGGUGAACAGGAGCCAGAAGCCUGUCAUGCCUACGGGGUUUCAGCCUCCAAAAAUUGUGGUUUCAAGCUGGAAUCGUAAGGGUUCCAGCUCUGGCAGUCGUGCUGAGACAUUCCGACUGCUACAUGCCAAGAAUGUUACGAGGCCGCAGCUGAAAUUUAAGGAGAAGAUUGACAACAGCAACACACCUUUUAUUCCGAAGAUUUUCAUCAAACCCAAUUCAUUAAAGCCACUUCCAUCAUAUUUCACCAACAAACAAAUGCGUAAAGAGAGACCGGAGGACCUUGAUGUCCCAGCUGCCCUGGCUGAUUUUAUCCACCAGCAAAGAACACAGGAGCAUGUUGAAGACAUGUUUGCACACCCGUACCAAUAUGAACUGGAUCAUCUCACAAUACCAGAAAGCUUACUGUCUAAGCCAGAGCCUCAGAUGUACAAACCAAUGUCGGAGACUAAGUUAACCUUUAUUGACUCGCUGGAGGACCUCGUGGCUCUCAAUGAGAAGCUGUGCAGCUCUUCUGAAUUUGCGGUGGAUCUUGAGCACCACUCCUACAGGAGUUUUCUUGGCCUCACCUGUCUGAUUCAGAUCUCCACCAGAGAGGAGGACUUCAUCAUUGAUGCUCUGGAGCUCCGUGGUGAAAUGUACAUCCUGAACGAGGUGUUCACUGACCCGGGCAUUGUAAAAGUGUUUCACGGUGCUGAUUCUGACAUCGAGUGGCUCCAGAGGGACUUCGGCUUGUAUGUCGUCAACAUGUUUGACACGCAUCAGGCAAGUCGAGCUCUUAACCUGGCCAGACAUUCCCUCGACCACUUGCUUAAACACUUCUGCAGCGUGGACUCAGACAAACGGUACCAGCUGGCUGACUGGAGGAUCCGCCCUCUGCCAGAUGAGAUGAUCCAGUAUGCUCGGACAGACACCCACUAUCUCCUUUACAUCUACGAUUGUGUGAGAGUUCAGUUACUGGAUUCCCACCAUGGGCAGCCGGGCCUGUUGCAGUGUGUCUGGAACAAGAGCAAAGACAUUUCACUGAAGAAAUAUGUGAAGCCAAUAUACACAGAGGAGUCCUAUUUAGAGCUGCAGAGGAAGCAGAAAAGGUCUUUUAACACCCAGCAGCUAACUGCCUUCAGACUGCUAUACGCCUGGAGGGACAAGCUGGCAAGGCAGGAAGAUGAAAGCACUGGAUAUGUUCUGCCCACUCAUAUGAUGAUCAAAAUAUCUGAGGAGUUGCCCAAAGAGCCUCAGGGCAUCAUCGCCUGCUGUAAUCCUGUGCCGCCGCUGGUGAGGCAGCAGGUCAAUGAGCUUCAUUUGUUAGUGCAACAAGCCAGAGAAAUGCCCCUUCUGAAGGCUGAGAUUGCAGCUCAGAAGAAAAAAGGACUCUUACCUAUCAAAAAGCCAGAAGUCACUUUGUUUGGUCCCCAUGAUACUUCCAGGAUUUCUGAGAGUGAACUGCCCCACUUUACACCUGGUGAAGGAGCAGUUAAACAAGGAAUACUAUUCUCAGAGGAUGAGCAGAAAACGCACGUUGAUGAGCAGAAAACACGCGGUCUCUUGGCACCACCUAAAAUAACACUGUUCCAGGAACCAGAAGCUCCUGAUGACCAGACGUCAGUGUCUGUAGCUCAGAUGAAAGCGAAGUGCAUCAUUGAAUCUUUUGAAAACCCAUUCAGGAUGUAUUUACCAUCAACUGAUGUGCACAUCAACAAGAAUGCCAAGUUUGACCCAUCUUCGAAAAUAUUUGAAAUUAGCAAAAGAUGGAAACUGCAGAGUAUUGAACAGCAGGAGAAGGAGCUGGAGGCCAAAAAGAAAUCCAAGGAAGAGGUGAAGCAACAAGCAAAGAAAAUGUCAGAGAAACGAGCUAAGGCCAAACAGAGCUACCAGGAAUCACUGAAGAAUGUUGCCACUGUGCGGCAGCAAGCAGCAGAAGCUGCAAAAGAUGGGAAGAAAAGAGAGAUGGCUGCCAGUGAGGUUGGAGAGGAAACUCCCAAACCAAGUAAGAAGUUGAUGAAAUUAGAGAAGACUCAGAAGACGGACGCUCCCAAAGAAAGCUUCAAACCCUUUGACUACAGCCAGUCAGAUCUGAAAGUUUUUGAUGGUGCCAAACCUAAGGGAAACACACAAUUUGAUCCAAACCAGCAAGCCCAUGAUUUUAAGAAAAAGAAAGGUCCUCGGGGACAAAAAAACAACUUCUCAACUGGAAACCGAAGUAUGUCAUACCUGGGUGGCAAAUCCGACAGAGGGUUUUCCCAUAGCUGGCCCAAGAGAUAAACUCCUUGAUGUAAAUUUUUUUUACACUUUUUGGAAAUCAUCCUACAUAUUUCCCUUUCUUGCAAAGAAAAUCAGUGAAUAAUGACUUUAGGUGGAACCCCCCCCCCCCCAUCCCACACACACACCUGUAAAACACUUUGUAAAUAUAAAUGUGUGGAAACGUAUAACACUUUUUUUAAAGCUGGUUUUAGAAAACAGUGGUUAGAUAUUUCUUCUGUUAAUACACAGUCAGUACUCUUAUGUAUUUAUAAACUGAGGCAGUAGGUUUAUUAUUGAGAAGAAAUGGUUUAUCACAGAAAUUAAACAUCAAACUAUAAAACUUACAUGGAUGUGAUGUUGUUUGUAUCUUUGCUGUAAUAUGAAAAACUUUAUUAUGAAUUAAUCAUUCUUUUUGUCCUGCUCAUGGUAAAGGAAAUGAAGAAGAAAUGCGCUUUUAAAUUUGAAAUUCAUGUACCUUGGAAGUGGGAAUUCCAAACUAAAGUAUAUUUGUGCUCUUGA